GACGUUGCUGCUGUUAGUGAGAACAUUCCCGUCUUCCUGCCGAACUGCAUCGCGGUGAAUUGUGACGUCACAGCCUGGGAAGCCUCUAACGGUGAAAAUGAAGAAAGAUAUGAUUUGAUGAUUUGAUGAUUUGAUGAUUUUCUGUCGGUGACGUGCGGAGUGGAGCCGCCUCACGCCCGGCGGCCGCAGCGCUGGGUCAGAUCGAGCGCACCCGGCGCAGUGUUUUGUUGUUGUGGUGCAGUGGACGGCUCAUCUGCUUCGGCCUCGAACUUCUCCGGAGCCGCAUCCCCGGAUUAACGGGAUUCACCGGAUUAACGGAAUCACCGGGAUGCUCAUGAGCAAACAGACGAGAAACACAAUGAAACCACCAGCACAGACUCAGUCCCCUCCCGUCAGCAGCAGCCUGGUGUUUGAAGGUGUUUACAACAACGCCCGCAUGCUUCACUUCCUCACAGCCGUCGUGGGCUCCACCUGCGACGUGAGAGUGAAGAACGGGGCCGCGUACGAGGGAAUCUUCAAGACGCUGAGCUCACAGUGUGAGCUGGCUGUGGACGCUGUUCAUAAAUGCAGUGACGGAGAUGGAGGUGGGGGAGGUGAGGAGGGAGGAGGGGGAGGAGGUCUGUCCUCUGCGCCCAAAAUUGAGGAGAUCACUGACACGAUGAUCUUCAGCCCGACCGACCUGGUCACCAUGACCUGCAGAGAUGUCGAUCUAAACUUUGCUGUCAGAGACACAUUCACUGACUCGUCCAUCAGCUCGUCGCGGGUGAACGGGGAGCACAGGGAGAAGGUGCUGCAGAGGUGGGACGGAGGUGGAAAUGGAGAAAACUUCGAGCUGGAGUCGGACACAUCAAACGGCUGGGACGCCGACGAGAUGUUCAAGCUUAACGAGGAGGCGUACGGCAUCAAGUCCACGUACGACUCCAGCCUCUCCAUGUACACAAUGCCUUUGGAGAGGGGGAGCUCUGAGGUUUACCGGCAGCGGGAAGCGCGAGCAUCUCGGCUUGCCAGCGAGAUCGAGGGCAGCCUGCAGUACCGCCGGCGGGUGUCUUUAGAGAACGACGAGGGCAGGAGCGAGGAGGAUAAGUACAGCUCCGUGGUUCGAGAGAGGGAGGAGCGGGCGAGAGAGGGAUUCUCCUCCGCCAUCAGGGAUGGUAAAUACGUUCCCAGGACCAGAGAGAUCGGCCUCACCGCCGGCAGCGCGAGGGCCGGAGGCUCUGGUCAAUCGGCAGCACCAACCUCCUCCAGGCACCCGGCGCCCAGCUCCUCCUCACCCAGACCGCCCUCGGACAGGAGCAGCCCGCCUUCAGCCGGCAGCCCGCCCUGCACCAAUCACAUCCUCCCACACUCCCUCUCACAUCCGCAGGCGCUGGCCCACACGAGCCGCUCGUCUGUUAAUGGAGGUAUGGUGUGUAACUUCCCAAAAUCCCAGAGACUUCAAAGAAACCUACGAACCCUGAACUGCCAGUCCUCUCCUGCAGUGUCUCGUCCUCCCAAACCAGACGCCCCUCCCCAGGACCUCCCCUUGACUGUCCCCACCUACCUGGACUCCUCCCCCUCCACCGCCACCAAACCCUCCGACCCCACCCCUCUGUUCCCCGUAGAUGUGAAUGAAAUCUUAGCAGCUAAAGAGCGAACGGAGAGUUUGUCAGCUCCACUGGAAGUUAAGAGCAGCAAAGUUCACUCGGUUCAGCAGAGAUCUCAGCUGGACGAGCUCCGCAAGUUUGGGAAAGAGUUCAGGCUGCAGCCCAGCUUCUCUUCCUCAGCGACUCCGUCAUCUUCAGACCGGCAGCACGCCUCUGCCCCGCCCCCCUCCUCCUCCCCCUCUUCCUCCUCCUCACCCUCCUCCUCCUCUUCCUCUUCAUCCUCCCCGGCUCCACCGAAACCUGUCGCCCCCCUCACCUCCUCUGCCCAAGAUCUACAGCAGACCACAGAGGCAGCUCCCCCCAACACCGCUGCUCUGAAUCUUCUGCCUGGCCCCCAGGCCUCGGGGCCAGAGGGGCCACAGGUCGGGGGCCCCCUGCCGCCCCCCCGCAGUGGUGAGGACAGCAGUGAACAAACAGAGAAUGCUGCAGUACAAGUGAAAAACUCGACACUGAAUCCAAAUGCAAAAGAGUUUCUCCCCAUAAAAGGAAACUCAGUGAUGAAACCUGCGACGACGCCGACUCCUCCCCGGCCGACCCCCCCCAGCCCCUCGGUGCUGCUGCCUUCCCCAGGACCACAAGGAGGGUGCGCUCUCUACAGCAGCCCCCCCGGACACUACCUGUCCUACAUGUCCCCCAUCACCAUCCAGGGACACUCCAUCCAGGCUCCACAGAUGUAUCAGUACGCGAUGUCAGCUGUUAACCAGGGGAAAUACCCCAGACCCAAAGCUCCGCUGGUGGGCCCCCGCCCAGAUCACCACGCCUCCGCAGCCUCCUCCUUGAUGUCAGCGGCAGCCUCCGCAGCCGGCCCCCCGCUGGUGGCGUCUCCGUACCCGCUGUCCUACCUGCAGUACGGUCAGGUGAUCCAGGCCAUGUCCCCGUACCAUCACGGACAGACCGUUUACUCGAUGCUGCAGGGGGGCCCUCGGAUGCUGACAUCUGGGGCCCCUCCUCAGAUGGGCCCUGGCCCCCAGUACCCCGGCCAGGCCGAGGGCCAGCAGGGGCCACAGCAGGCAAUGUACGCUCCUCAGUCGUUCUCUCACCACUCGAGCUCCAUGCUUCAUCCUCAGCCCUCCAGCACCCCCACUGGGAAUCAACCCCAGCACACGUCGCCCAGUCCAGGACACUCUCACAGUCACGGUGGCCCUCAGCCUCAGUCCAUGUUUCACUCUGCAGGUCUGUCGGCUCCCGCUCCGCAGGGCCACAGCUCCCCUCAGGCCUCCUACGCCAUGCAGGGGUACAGCCUCCCGGCCCACCAGCAGCUGUCCCACCAGCAGCUGUCCCACCAGCAGCUGUCCCACCAGCAGCUGUCCCACCAGCAGCUGUCCCACGGCUUCCCCUCCAUCGGCCAGCUCACACAGGCUCACGUCACUGGAGGCAUGUCAGGGCCCCACCACUCUGCGGGCCACGGCCCCCCACCCCUCAUGCUACACUACGCACCCCCCCAGCAGGGCAGCAGCUCCAACCCCCAACACGGCCCACAGACCCAACAGGGGGCGCCACAACACUUCUACAUCGGACCAGCCCAAGCUGUUCAGGUCCAGGCUCACCCGACCCAGCAGCUGUCCUUUCAUCCCUCCACAAACUGAACUGUCCUCGUCACAUCUGGAUCCAGGAGCGAUGGCGCCCGAGCAUCUCACAACAUUCCCACCUACCACAUCAAAUAACCCUGUUUUAACCGUAUGUUUUAGACACGCAGACAGAUUUUAAACACAAGAACAGACUGUUUCCACACGAGGACUUGAAGCUGGAGUGAAGACACUAACUGGUGAAACUUUUUGGAAACAUUGUUUUUUCCUCCCCGUCCCUCUUCUGACCUUUUACAGACGAAACCAGUUCAUUAAUAAUAAAACCACUGAAAAAAAAAAAACCUUUUCGAUUCA